AUGAGCUCCUUCGACCUCCCAGCACCCUCCCCACCUCGCUGCAGCCCCCAGUUCCCCAGCAUCGGCCAGGAGCCCCCUGAGAUGAACCUGUACUAUGAGAGCUUCUUCCACCCGCAGGGUGUGCCCAGCCCUCAGCGGCCCCCCUCCUUUGAGGGGGGUGGCGAGUACGGAGCCACUCCUAACCCUUACCUCUGGCUCAAUGGGCCAGCCAUGACCCCGCCACCCUACCUCCCCAGCCCCAAUGCCAGCCCCUUCCUGCCCCAAGCCUACGGGGUACAGCGACAGCUGCUGCCGAGCGUGUCGGGCCUGGGGGGCAGCGACCUGGGCUGGCUGCCCAUCCCCUCACAGGAGGAGCUGAUGAAGCUGGUGCGGCCCCCCUACUCCUACUCGGCUCUCAUCGCCAUGGCCAUCCACGGGGCACCUGACAAGCGCCUCACCCUGAGCCAGAUCUACCAGUAUGUGGCCGACAACUUCCCCUUCUAUAACAAGAGCAAGGCCGGCUGGCAGAACUCCAUCCGCCACAACCUGUCACUCAACGACUGCUUCAAGAAGGUGCCCCGGGACGAGGAUGACCCGGGCAAAGGGAAUUACUGGACCCUGGACCCCAACUGUGAGAAGAUGUUCGACAAUGGAAAUUUCCGCAGGAAGAGAAAGAGAAAAUCGGAUGUGUCUUCCAGCAUGGGCACCUUGACCUCAGAGAAGACAGAGAACAGUCUCCUGGGGGGCAGCCCCAAGACCACAGAGGCCCAGGACCUCCUGGACGGUGCUUCGCCCGGCACCACUGGCUCCCCAGAAAAGCGCUCCUCCCCGCCCCCACCAGGCACCCCAUGUCUCAACAGCUUCCUCUCCUCCAUGACGACCUAUGUGAGUGGCUCCAGCCCCAUGAGCCGCCCGGUGGCCACGCCAGGACUGAGCCCUGAGCCCCUGGACAAGAUGGGGCAGAACUUGCUGAGCUUUAACUCCUACACCCCUCUCACCAACCUCAGUGGCCACGGGGGCACGGGCGAAUGGGCCAACCCCGUGACCACCAAUGCCCUCGGCUAUGGGGGCUCGGUGCUCAACCAGUUCAGUCCUCAUUUCUACAACAGCAUCAACACCAAUAAUACCCUUUACCCCAGAGAGGGCACUGAAGUCUAG